GAACCGGGACGGCGCCGGGCUCUGAAGGAGGUGGGUUCCCGCCCGCUCCCCGGUACUGCCGCUUCGGCAGCGGCGUGUUCCAAAGCACCAGUUUUUCCACCAUGAGGACGCGAAACCUGCUCCCCGCACUCCUGAGCCUCUCGCUGGCGCUGCUGGGGCCUGGCGAUGGAGCUAUUGUGUUGUCAGCCCCUGAAGUGAUUUCUCUAGAAAAUGGAAGUUCAACAAACGUCACUAUCUCUCUGAGGGCUCCACUAAAUGAGACACUGGUGAUAACUCUUAAUAUCACAUACUCCUCAAAGCACAGCACCAUUGUUGAACUUCCUGAUGAGGUACAGUUCCCUGCAGGUCACACUAAAGCAGACUUCCAAGUGAAAGCAGAUGAUGUGGGACAAGUAACAGUUUACCUUUAUGCCAAUAAUUCCAACUUAACUGGGCCUAGGAUUCAAUUUCAAGUGAUUCACAGCAUCAUAGCAAGAUAUGCUAAUGAGGUGAUUGGCUGGAUCUAUUUCCUCGCCUGGUCCAUCUCCUUUUAUCCUCAACUCUUUGAGAACUGGCGACGGAAAAGCGUUGUUGGACUAAGCUUUGACUUCAUAGCAUUAAACCUUACUGGCUUUAUAGCAUACAGCGUGUUUAAUGUUGGGCUCUUCUGGAGUCCCUUGAUUAAGGAGGAAUUCCUGGUCAGUUAUCCCAGUGGGGUGAACCCUGUGGCCAUCAAUGAUGUUUUCUUCAGUCUCCACGCAGUAGCCCUGACUCUCCUCACCAUCGUUCAGUGCUGCAUCUACGAGAGAGCAGGUCAAAAAGUAUCCAAAGUUGUUGUUGGACUCCUGGCACUUGCAUGGAUCUUCACCUUCACAACACUGUUCCUGGCUGCAGCUGAGGAGAUGACGUGGCUGCAGUUCUUGUUCUGCUUCUCCUACAUUAAGCUAGCAGUCACACUGAUAAAAUACUUCCCUCAGGCCUACAUGAAUUUCCGUCGGAAGAGUACUGAGGGAUGGAGUAUUGGAAAUGUGUUACUGGACUUCACUGGUGGAAGCUUCAGCCUUCUACAGAUGUUUUUGCAGUCAUACAACAAUGAUGAGUGGAGGCUAAUCUUUGGAGAUCCAACCAAGUUUGGCCUGGGUGUCUUCUCCAUUGUCUUUGAUAUUGUUUUCAUGGCCCAGCACUACUGCCUGUACAGGAGACGAGGGUAUGAACCUUGUGAAUAACAAACAUCACUUGUGGAGACUGAAACUUUAAACUGAACUUGUCCCUAGCCUGUCUGAGGGCUUCCAAGAUUCUUGCUGCAGUUACCAGAAAUACUGAUUCUGAUCUGUAUGACUUGAUCCUCUCUGGGCUGGAACACAAACCGUUGCCUUGCCAAGCACUGACUGCCAGAUGCCUUAAGGACAGCAACCUUUCAGCUGCACAUGGGAGACUCAUGCCUGUUGAAGCUGCACACACAGCUCAGUGGGAGCUGUCCAAGCAAUACAUGGCUCUUUUUUCACCAACCACAGGGAAGAGAAAGACCAAAGUGAUGUCUUUCUGAUUGGAGGUGAAGCACAAAGAGCAGAAUUCUGUCUUCCAAAAGUCUGAGAUCACGUUUAAGCAACCACUUAAUAUCUUUAAGUAAUGAAGACUGUCUGUGGAUCCAAGUGCUGCUGCUGACCUUUCCCGGACAGUUCACAGUCCACCACCACUCAGGCUAGCCACAGUGGUACAUCACAAUAAUGAGGUUGGUAACAAAUGCACAGAUAUUAAAAUUUGAACUCUUUAUUAAAAAAAAAAAAAUCCUAACAAACAGAAACUGUAUUCUUAUUUCACUGAAAGCUCUUUCAAAGGUGCUAAGUAAUUAGAAGGAAAUCUAUGCAUUUAUACUUGAAUGCUUAAAACCUAAUGUGUAUUUCUAGGCGUCAUCCUAAGGAAAACUAGAUCCCAGGUGAGGUUUGACAGUUCCCCACCAGUGAAACUUACUGUUACUUACUCAGUAAUUCCACAAUCUACUCUUGAUCCAAAAAAAAGUCUCAGCUGGAGGCACCCAAGUGAUGUGGCACUUUUAAAUGGAAGGAGAAACAGUUCAGGAAAACCAGCUUUAUUUUAUUGUGUGUAAAAUCAAGUGAAAAAAGCAGUACAAAUAGCAGUGUAUCUUUAUAGUAACAAAAAUAACUCCAACUUGAAAGACUUAAAAUUUACUACUGAAUUCUUAAGUUACAAAAUUCCAAAGCAGGAUUGUAGUAAUUCCAGAGAUAUAAAAUUGGUAAGUAGGCAUCUGAUGGUGUGCACAGAACUGUCUGAGAUGCAUCAAUCAAUGCACAUGGCACAGCAGUAAGGUAUUGAAUAAAUUAGUCUGUUACCUCCUCAUGCUCUAUUUACAACAGCUUACCUCAAGGCUGCUUAAGGAAACUAUAGAUAUGUAUAGAUCAGCUGAAGAGGAUUAAAAACUCCAGAUUUUGGAUAAUUGUAAAGCUAACUGGCUAACAAACCACAGGAUGCUAGAUCAUGGACUUAGGGUUGCAGCAAAAAUCUUCAGUCCUGUGGCACGUUGAUUUAAACCACUUAAUAUCCUACUAGAAGUUUAAAUUUGGUCAAGAGGCACUUCUGCAAAUUACUAACAUAUUCAUCUCUUCCAUCCAAUAAAUCACUGAUUUAAGUAAAGUCUUCUAAAAGACAAACCAAAAUCCCUCCCAUUUCAAGUCUGAUAGAAGUGGAAUGAAGAACUGAAGACUACA